GUGAAUCAUUGGUGGCACGUAUAGUCGUAUCGUGCAUCACAAGGAUAUAAUACAAGUAUUGCAUGACUUCGGCACCACUACUCAAAUCAACGUUUCGGGCCUGUUUCCUGGUGUUGAGAAGAAAAUAGUUGCAUGGUAUUUGGCAUUGCCAACUCAAAAAACCUCUGCAAAAUUAGUGCUAUUAGGAAUUGAAUAUGAUCCUCACCAGACUCAAACUCCCAUCACUCCCCAAAUCCCCAACAUUCCCUUUUGCAUUUCGUUUUUCAACUUCUCCUCCACAUCACCAUCUGCAACAACAACCACCCAUCACCAACAAGCCAUACUGGACCAACAAAAUCCACAACCUCUGCACUAAACACCGCAACGUCGACGAAGCGCUUCGCCUACUCGACACCCUCUGCCUCCACGGCUACCACCCUGAUUCCCUCAACCUCAGCAGCAUAAUCCACGCCCUUUGUGAUUGCAACCGCUUUUCUGAAGCUCACCAUCGCUUUCUUCUCUUCUUGUCUUCUCACUUAGUCCCCGAUGAACGAACCUGCAAUGUCCUCAUUGCCCGCUUACUCUAUUCUAAAACCCCACUUUCCACAUUUCAUGUUAUUCGUUCGUUACUGUAUGUCAAGCCCGAGUUCGUGCCUUCUUUAACAAAUUUUAACCGUCUAAUCGAUCAAUUUUGUACGGAUUUACGUGUUGAUAUUGCGCAUAGGUUGUUUUUUUACAUCAAGAGUAAAGGACAAUUUCCUAAUGCUGUUACUUACACUACUUUAAUUAAUGGUUAUGCUAGAGUUGGUGAUUUAGCUGCUGCCUUUAAGUUGUUUGAUGAAAUGCGUGACUGCGGAGUGUUUCCGAAUUCGCUUACUUAUAGUGUUCUCAUUCGUGGGGUUUUUAGGAAAAGAGACUAUGCGUACGCAAUGGAAUUGAUGAACAAACUUUGGGAGAGAAUGAAGGAUGUAAAGGACGACCCUGCUGUGAACGCGGCAGCUUUUGCUAAUCUUAUUGAUUGUUUAUGUAGAGAAGGGUAUUUCAAUGAAGUUUUCAGAAUUGUUGAAAGUAUGCCUCAAGGGAAGAGUGUAAGUGAGGAGUUUGCUUAUGGGCAUAUGAUUGAUUCUCUUUGUAGAGCUGGGAGGAACCAUGGCGCUUCUAGGGUUGUCUACUUGAUGCGCAAGAAAGGUUUUGUGCCAAGCUUAGUUUCUUAUAAUUGCAUUAUUCAUGGACUUUGUAAGGAGGGAGGUUGUAUGAGAGCCUAUCAGUUGUUUGAGGACGGAUUUGAGUUUGGCUACUUGCCAUCCGAGUACACUUACAAGGUUCUAGUAGAAGGGCUUUGUCGAGAAUCUGACUUCCAUAAAGGGAGGCAAGUUUUACAUUUCAUGUUGAAUAAGAAAGGUGCGGAUAGAAUUAGAAUUUACAAUAUAUAUUUACGAGCACUUUGCCUUGUGAAUAAUAACCCAACUGAAUUUUUAAAUGUACUUGUUUCUAUGCUUCAGAACCAGUGUCAACCUGAUGUCAUUACCUUAAACACGGUUAUCAAUGGAUUUUGCAAGAUGGGAAGAAUUGAAGACGCUUUGCAGGUACUAAGUGACAUGAUAAAUGGGAAAUUUUGCGCUCCUGAUGUGGUGACGUUCACUACAGUUGCCUGUGGUUUAUUAGAUGUGGGAAGAACACAAGAAGCCCUUGAUGUAUUGAAUCAGAUAAUGCCUGAAAGAGGUUUAAGGCCUGGUGUUAUUACAUAUAAUGCAGUUCUUCGUGGUUUGUUUAAAACCCAACAUGCAGAUGAGGCCAUGGGGGUAUUUAAUUGCAUGGUAAAUGAGGGUGUGACUGCCAACUGUACCACGUACGCUAUAGUUGUUGAUGGAUUAUGCCAAUAUGGCCAAAUAGAGGAGGCAAAAAAGUUUUGGGAUGAUGUUAUAUGGCCUUCACAAAUUCAUGAUGAUUUUGUAUAUGCAGCUAUUCUCAAAGGGCAAUGCCAAGCAAGCAAUUUUAAUCUGGCUUGUCAUUUUCUAUAUGAACUGGUUGAUUCUGGUGUCACUCCUAAUACUGUGAGCUAUAACAUUGUGAUUAACAAAGCUUGCAAGUUGGGUUUGGAAAAAGAAGCCUAUCAAAUUGUUGGAGAAAUGAGAAAGAAUGGACUGGAACCAGAUGCUGUAACUUGGAGGAUUCUUGAAAAACUACAUGGUGAUGUAAGAAAAACAUUUUGUACAGACGAUUCACUACUAAAAUCUUGAGAUGUAUGAAUAGGUAGGCUCAUUCAACAUUGCCUAGCUUCUAUAAAAUGCAAUUGCUAGUGUGAGUUCUUUUGCUGCAGCCUGCUUCAUUCAAAGCGACUGGCAAGAAAAGAAUAAAAUUGCCAAUGCCAUUCCUAAAUGAGACACAAAAUAAGCAGCUUUGGAGGAACCAUAUGCACACAGGAAUUACAGUAAAUCUGAACUUGAAAGCAUUUCAGCUGUUUUUGUCGAGGUACGAUUAAUAGUCUAAUGAGAGGAGCUAAAGGCGAGUAGGCGUCAUGCAAAAGAGUAUGUAGGAGGCUGGCUUCAGAUGUCAACAUAAAGGCAUGUUAGAAAGGCUCUGUGUAUACUCAUUUACUUGAAUUAUACCUACCUGAUAGUCAGAAAUAUUAUAUUCAAACGGUUGAAUUGCAUUAAUAAACUACAGCAGUUCAUAUUUAUGUUCCCAGGGAAACAUUUCUUGAUUCUUUCACUACAAAAAUUAGGUUACUUGUUAGCAUUUUAUUUCUGGCAGUUGCUGUAACCCCUUAAGACUUUUAUAUUAAUAAAAUUUUCCUUAUGGAGUUAAGAAUUGCCAGCUGAGGAGCCUGA